AUGGCUUCUGAUGAGACUACUCGGUUACUUCCACGUCCCGAAGACGGGAAUUUAUCCGAUCGGGAGAAUAAUGAGACAACUGGGAGCAUUUCUCGGGGUACCGGACUGGCCAUCUUCAUCGCAUACCUAGGUGCCUUCCUGGCCAGCACAGAUGAAUCUCUCGUCAUUGCGACUUACGAUAUCAUUGCGUCCGAGUUCCAUGAGCUAUCGAAAGCAUCAUGGCUGGUGACGGGAUACAAUUUGGGCUAUUGCAUUGCCUUGCCGGUGUACGGCACCCUCGCAGAUACCUUGGGGCGCCAGAGAUCGAUGCUUCUCGGAUACCUUGUCUUCGCUCUUGGCUGCCUGAUCAGCUCUCUCAGCAAUUCAAUGAACCAAUUGAUAGCUGGACGGAUUAUCAGCGGUGUGGGAUCGUCUGGCAUGGUGGUCAUGAUUUCCAUCAUUAUAACUGAUCUGGCGGCGCCCAGUGAGGUCGCAUUACUGCGCAGCUACACCAACGUCGUGAACAUGCUCGGGAGGGGUGUCGGAGCUCCGCUGGGGCGUGUUAUAGUGAACUCACUAGGUUGGAGAUGGGCUUUCACCGGUCGGCUACCUCUUAUUGUUCUGUGUCUGUUUCUAUCGCGGGUGCAGUUCCCUACAAAGUCUCGGGCAGCCACUCCCGCCGCGGAGACAUCCAAGAUGGAAAAGCUGAGAAGUCUGGAUUAUUUUGGCAUUUUCAGUUUCGCAGCCGCGGUUUUUACCCUACUAUUAGCUUUGACGACAGCUGGAACACUUGACGGAAAGCUCUCCACAGUGUACGCUCUGCUUGGGGUGUGCGCAUUAGCUACCGUGGCUUUUGUCUGCCAUGAAUGUCUAUGGGCAACAAAGCCCCUGGUACCGUUGCGACUGGUCACCAAGGGCGUCGGACAGUAUUGGUUGGUGCAAGUAGUGUUGUUUAGCGGACGAUGCGGAGUCACUACCACCAUCACGCAAUACCUGACACAAGUGAGGCAAAUGCAGGAGGAAGGGGCAACCUUCUUCCUCGUUCUGAGCACCAUGGCUCUGGCGAUGGGCUCGAUCAUUUCAGGGUUCUCCAUCAAACGAACGAAACGGUAUAAGAAUAUGAGCCUCGGUUCCGCCGCGAUCAGCUUAGUUGCAUCCACGCUGCUAUUCUUCUCGUGGCAUUUCGACCGCCCCGUUUGGGAAACGCUCCUUGUAAUUCCGAUGAGUACACCCAUCGGCAUAAUAAUAUCAGGCGAAUUUAUUGGCAUGACCGGCCGUGCUCCAGCGGAAGACAUGGCCUCGUGUGUAGGGGCAUACUAUCUCAGCCAACAGUUGGGGGUAAUUCUUGGCGGAUCCAUCGCACCGUUGCUGGUGCGGAUGGGAUUUAUGCGGGAUAUUGCCGGAAAGUUUGGGCAGAGGACUCCGGAAAUUGCCCGCCAGGUUCUGAGUGACGCACGCUAUGUCGAUACGCUGCCGGAGGGUAUGCAGGCGGUUGUCCGAUCGAGUCUGCAGUACGGAUAUCAGUUCAUUCCAGUUUUUGCCACGGUGACUGCGGCUUUGUGUUUGCCUAGCUGGAUCCUUACGCCGGAGGAGAGGCUGGAUUAG